UAUAGCCGUCUCUGUUCUAUUCUUCUCUGUGGCAGUAGCUUCGAUUUUUUUAAUCCAUGGCGUAAACACCGAAUCUAGUAGAUAUAUCUUGUUCAACUCUCUCUCUCUCUCUCUCUCUCUCUCUCUCUCUCUCUCUCUCACUCUUCGUUCGAAUAUACAUAUAUAUGUAUAUGUAGGAUGUGUAAAGGCGCAUAAUUUACUUGUGUAUAAUUGCAAUUGAAUUCCAAGGUUUAGUUGAAUUCCAAUUUAUUCCGAAAAUCUGCGUUUAUUUCGAGUGCAAUUGGCGUUUCUUCUCCCAUUUCUGUGUUUUACGAGAUGUUUGUAUGCGAUUGAGUGAGAAUUUUGGUGUGAUUGUAAAACGUUUGGGAUUUAAUCGAGAGGUAUUCGUGAUGGGGAAUAAAUUGGGGGUGAAGAGGAGGCAGGUGGUGGAUGAGAAGUACACUAGGCCUCAGGGGUUGUACCAACACAGAGAUGUGGAUCAUAAGAAGCUUCGGAAGCUGAUUCUUGACUCCAAGUUGGCGCCUUGCUACCCUGGUGAUGAUGAUACUGCCUGUGACCUUGAGGAGUGUCCUAUUUGCUUCUUGUACUAUCCAAGUCUUAAUCGAUCGAGAUGCUGCACGAAGGGCAUUUGUACGGAGUGUUUUGUACAGAUGAAGACCCCCAAUGCGACGCGGCCUACACAGUGCCCGUUCUGUAAAACAGCAAAUUAUGCUGUGGAGUAUCGAGGUUUUAAGACAAAGGAGGAGAAAAUCAUAGAGCAACUUGAAGAACAACGAGUUAUCGAGGCCAAAAUAAGGAUGAGGCAUCAAGAACUUCAGGAUGAAGAAAAGUCGAUAAAACUAAGAGAAAUAAGCUCUUCUGCCAGUAUGAGAGCACCAACUGAGGUUGACUAUUUCUCAACCCAAGCGCCCACUUCCGUUUCUGCAAUAGGAAGUGAAGAAAUUGUUGCUUCAGAUGAGUCCAUUGAAACUUCAGUGAUUAGACCACCUCCACGCCAAAGGCAGACUAGGGAGGAUGAAUUUGACCUUGAUCUUGAGGACAUCAUGGUUAUGGAAGCGAUCUGGCUGUCUAUUCAGGAAAAUGGCGGGCGUCAAGAUCAAUCUUACAGUGAAGCAGCGCCGUCAGGAGAAUACAACGUAGAAGAUCACACCUCUUUAGCAGAUACAGUUCCAGCAGCUGGAUCAUCAUCGUCUCAUUCUGGUGGUCUUGCUUGUGCAAUCGCAACCCUUGCUGAACGUCAGCAGGUUAAUGUAUGGCCCCUAACCAACUACAGUGGUGACAUAUCUGGAUACAGCGAGUAUUCCAACGGGGAGGGGCAGGAAUCUGAAAAUUAUUUUCCUGCAGAGAGCAGCACUGUGGCAUCACCCGACAUGACCGGGGAUGCUGGAGAAUGGGCUGAUCAUCGAUCUCAGAUGGCUGAAAUAGGAACUAGCUACGGAGGUUCUGAUGAAUUUGGGGAUGCUAUCAGUCUGGCUUCUAUCCCACAUGAGGACGAGAACCAGAGCAGCAGCAGUCAACCUGUCGCAGGAUCAAUAAUGCCCGAGAGUUUUGAGGAGCAAAUGAUGCUAGCCAUGACUGUUUCACUGGCUGAGGCUCGAGCAAGGACCAGUACUGUUGGAGUAGCUUGGCACUAGCUCGUCAGGUCAGUCGUAGCUUCCUCAUCGCUCCCCCCUAUAGAAUUUGUUUGCUGAUUGCAGUUUUGAUAGGCUGAGACUGGAGCACGCCGGUCUGCAUUUGUAAUCUUGGCUGCGCUAAUCACGAGUCAUCAGACAUUGGCUGCGAGUUCCUUGGACCUUGAGAAAGUAUCUAGUGAGCGUCUUCGUGGUUGGCUGCACAGCUGAGGCUUCAACAGGGGAGGCCGUUGUGUAUGGGUAUCUGGCUGGAAACAACGCCACCUCGGCGAGGUAGGAAACCAUGCAGUGAUUGUACAUAUAGAUUUAUACAAACAAUUAUAUCCUUUUUUUGCUUGAAUUUAUGUAUGACAGUAUGAGGAAUAGUUUUUCUAGUAAAAAGAUGCAAAUUCUUUUUCUAGUUUUUCUUUGUUUGGUUCUUUUCCCUACCCCUAAAAUUAAUGUUAUUCGGAAACCAUGUUAAUUU